GAUUAUCGUUGAAUAUGAAUAUUGAUCUUUAAUCUUUAUUCUACCAAAUAUAUUGAAUUAGUGGAAUUAGAAUACCCUCAUGUUGUCAUUAUCUCGCAGCUUAAUUUUAGACAAUUGAUUUUAACUACAUUCAAAGUUUCAUUUUGAUUUUAUCACUUUUUUAAACUUUUUUUUAAAGCCCUAGGGCCUAGCUAGUGGUUAGUAGAGAGAGUUAGUUAGAGUGAGGCAAACAGAUUUUUUAAUUAAUUUUAAGUAGUUUUAUUAUGCUCAAGACAGACUGUUGCAGUUGAGUUAGAAAAUGACGGUGGCACCCUUCAUAAUUGAUAUUUUUUCCGUUUGUCUCGCCGUUGGGUUCUUGCAUUGGCAUUACGGAAAUUGGAAACGUCACCAGUUAUUUGUGACGUUAGUCACUUUGGUAGCAUGGACCCUACCCUUCAUGAUCAUAUUCGCACUGCCAAUCGAUGUCACAGUUACAUUCUAUGAUCAGUGUUUGCAAGACAACAAUAUUACUACAAACAUUCCAACAACUACAAUGUUGACAACGUUCAUUUCUGGACCGACUCAAGCAACAACAUCAUCAAGUCUCAUAUUUCAACUGAACAGCAAUAACACCAUCAAUACAUCUUCAACAAUUGCUCCUACAUCAUUCCCAACGACAACUCAAACCAAUGUAACAACAACUCAAGCCACCAUCACAACAACAACAACACCCCAGCCAGAACCUGCAAAAGUUUGCUAUAUACCUUGGACCUAUAUGACAACAUUUACACUUUCAGUUUUCUGGCAUGUUGUCUAUUGGACCUCGCAAUGUUUAACUUGGAUUUGGCUACCAAUGAUGCAAUCGUAUGCAAAGGCAGGUGAAUUCACAUUUCUUGGAAAGUUCAAAUAUGCCCUGAUUGUGAAUGCAAUCUACUAUGGGACCUACCUCGUCAUAUUCGGGUGCUGUCUGGUCUACCUGGCAGCUACCUCCAGACUGGUCUUCAACCUUGGACAACUGAAAGUGCUGGCCAUAACCGCCAGCAACACCUGGGGGCUGACACUGCUGGUCCUGUUGCUUGGGUAUGGUCUGGUGGAACUGCCCAGAAGUUGCUGGAAUGCCUCCAAGUCGACCUUACGGUUAGCCCGAAGUCAUUUCAAGGUUGCAAAGGUCACCAUGGAGAAGAUUGAAGCAGAGGAGGAACUGGAGGAUGUUCUAACUGAAGUGAAAAGGAUAUCACAAAACGUAUCAAGCAACAAUCCUCUGAGGAAAUAUGUGGACAUCAUGGUUGCCAAAUGUCCUCCUAAUUUCGGGAUCAGUGUAUCUGGAUCGGGCGGCCGAGCGUCAUUAUCAUCACCGGGGAGGUCACAUUUUGACAGGCAGGACGAGAGCCACAUCACUGAAAAGAAUCUCGCUAAACUUCACAGGAGAUUAAUCGUGGCCAAGCAGCGUCAAAGUAGCACUGCAUGUCAGUGGCGCAAGUUGGUUGCUACGGCAAUUGAACUGGAGGAUGUUGACGAGAACAAGAAGUCGAGUUUGCAUGUGUUUGAGAGGUCGCCUGCCAUGGGUCCAUACUCUGGAAUGUUCUCGUUCUGUUUUAAUGCUAAAAUUGAAUGGUAUUGGAAGUGCAAAAUUCGACCAAUCUUACUGAAGAUCGCCGCUAUACUGAUGGCCGUAAUGUCCUUCAUGGUCGUCUGGUCUGAAUGUUUGUUCUUUGUUAAGUCUCCUGUUUUAUCUUUGUUUGCUCAGUUCGUUGACCUGGCCGAGAGGAGUUACGGAUAUCAUGCCAUUGAGUUUGUAUGCAUCCUGACGAUAUCCUACCUGAGCAUCUGCACGUACUACACCAUCUUCAAGAUGAGAAUCUUCAACUACUACUACAUUGUUGGGCCGCACGAGACUGAUGAAAAUAGCAUGAUAUUUUGUGGCAUGUUAUUGUGUCGUCUGACUCCACCUCUCUGCUUGAACUUCCUUGGCCUCAUACACCUGGAUAGCCACAUCACAAAGGAAAAUAUGGUAGAAACUGCAUACACAAGGUUCAUGGGCAACUUGGAUGUACUGCCCUUCAUAUCUGAUGGAUUCAACAUCUACUUCCCCAUAGCCAUCGUGGCCCUCUGCUUACUCACCAUCCUCUCGGUCGGAACUAGGUUGCUACAUUGUUUAGGCUUCCAGCAGUUCAUUGGCGAUGAUGAUAUGACUCAGGAGAUGAUUGAUGAAGGUGUCGAGUUAAUUAAGAGGGAGAGGAGGAAGUACACAAGGCAAGAAGAUGUGGAAUCAAGAAGGAGAACGUGGAACGAACGAGUGAACGAAAGGGAUAACAGCACUAUCAAUCGUAGGACUGCUCCGCGAACCGGGACAGAUCGUUCAGAGUUACUAAACGAGGCCGAGCCAAUGGGUUACCGCAGUUACGACGACAACACCAUCUUCAAUUCCGACAUCAAUCGCCCAUCCCAGCGAACCUCAACAUUUGAUCCUCAACCGACCUCUGCUGCUGCUGCUGCUCCGGUUCCGAUAUCCGGAUCGUAUCAAAGGCCGCACAGGAAUAAUAUUUUGGAUCCAGGGCCCAGUUACGGCAGCAAAACUUUUGUUAGGCCCAGUACUGGCCCCCCGAGGAAUAUAUUUGAUGAUGUUUGAAUUUGAUGGCGUUUGAGUUUGAUGAUGUUUCGAUGGUUGUCCAACAUCAUCAUUAUCAUUUUAUGAACGAAUGUGCACGUGCAUGGCAUGGAUUACAAUAAGUUGUUGAGACCUGUUUCCAUUGAGUUAACUAAAUGUUCAUUUAAUUAAUUGGUUUUGAUACAUGACAACAUUCUCUCGUGAUUCAACUCCCAUCUUUAUUAUAUUCAGUAAAUGCAAAUCUCAAAUGUUAUUAUUUUCAUUUGUUAACUGUUAUUAUUAUGUUUAUUAAUAUUUUUUAAAUUAUUCAGCGGCUGUUUUAUUUUUCAAUUAGGUAAUUCCUCAUCUCGGUCCUUCCUUCCUAAGAUCAGUCAUGAACAAGCAAAAUGCAUAUACUCAUUCAUAAACGUACACACACGUACACAAACAUUUACGAAUGUUCACGUGAGAGUGCAAGUGAACAAUCGAACAAAACGAUAUUCAAUCCUUUAAACUUCUCCGUAACAUUUAACUUUAACUUGAUUUUAUGCGAAACGUUACUGCAAACUUAAUUUAUGUAUUGUAACGUAAUUUGAAAACAUCAUUUCUCACCUAGCAUCAAAAUUUCUCCUCCUUUUCAACUUAUCUAUCAUCUAGUUCUUUUUUUAUGUUUUUACAUGGUAAGUGAAAUGGCUGGAGCGUGGAUUUGCUAAAUUGAAUUAAUUCGUUUGUAUAUAUGUGUGUAUCUACAUUCUUUAAGUAUUGUAAAUAAUUUUAUUUUUCAUUUUAGCUUGCAUUUUUAAUAUGUUCAUCAACUAACGUCAUUAAUUGUAAUUAAAUUAAUUAAAUUUAAAUUAGCCAACAGGAUGUACGUAUAUCAUUGUCGUUAUUAAUAAUAAUCACUUCUUUCUAUGAUAUCAGCAGCUGUUCCAUAUUUUACUGAUCACCUUCAGCAACGUAUUAUCUAUCUAUCUAUCGAUUUGAUUAAUCAUCAUCAUUAAUAUGUGUGUGUAUGUCAGCUUAGUAUUACGACAAUUACUGUUACAAGCUUUCCUGUUUGUAAAACAGUGUGUAAGUAAAUGUACAUCUGUAAACUGUUUUGAAGAAAAAUUUUAUUAAAUAAAAAUAUUAUCUGUCGUGACU